AUGGCGAUUGCUUUACCCAUCAGGCAAUUUAUUAAAAAUGUAAUGCAGGCAGAGACCUUUUCAGCAUUCUUGAAUCUCAACACCAUUAAUAAAUACCUCAAUCUGGAUAUCAAUUGGAUGGUCACUAUUUUCUGUAUAAAAGACAACACUGCCUCUAAUGCUACUAAUUACGAAACCUCUACCUUACUAAAAAAGAAACUCCAAAGGGUUCUUGAAAUGCUUCCUACAAUGGAAACACUUAAAAAAUGA